AUGUCCUCGGCCACGACAGGAACCUUCUCUGCGCCUGCGCAAGUCCACACCUUCGAUGGAGUUCUUUCGGACUUUGAUGGCACAAUUGUUGACUCUACAGCUGCAAUUGUGAAGCACUGGCACCAAAUUGGCGAUGAGCUAGGCGUUGACCCUAAGACCAUCCUGGCAACCUCUCACGGCCGCCGAAGCAUCGACGUGAUGCAACUAUACGACAAGAGCAAGGCUAACUGGGAUUGUAUGUCCCUCUCCCUCCCUCCCCCCUACGUCCAUUUUUCUCUUCCUUUUCGAUAUACACCCCCGCUAACCGCUCGUCUUCUUCCCCGUCUAGACGUGAGCUUCAUCGAGGGUCGCAUUCCUAAAGAAUACGGGUCUGAUGCCACUGAGAUUCCCGGCGGCCGCGACCUGCUCUCCGCCCUGGAGACUGCCGGCGCACGCUGGGGCGUUGUCACAUCGGGUACGCGGGCCUUGAUCGACGGCUGGCUCGGCGUGCUGGGUCUUCCGCACCCAGCGAUGCUGGUCGUCGCGGAGGAUGUGGAGCUCGGCAAGCCUGACCCGAGAUGCUACCUCUUGGGGCGGAAGAAGCUGGACCUAGAGGCUUCUACAUCUCUGCUUGUGCUAGAAGACGCGCCGUCAGGAAUCCGUGCCGGCAAGGCGGCUGGGUUCAAGGUACUGGCGCUCACGACGACACACUCGGUCGAGCAGCUCCAGGCGGCAGGAGCAGACUGGAUCGUCGAGGACCUGCGCAGCGUGUCUGUCAAGGGCGUUGUCGGGGGCCAAGUGCAGAUUGAGAUGCGAAAUGUCCUUCAAUAG